GGGAGGCUUCAGCAUUGGACAGCAACAGGAUUAGAAACUCAACUCAGGCAGAAAGGAACACCUCAGCUCCAAGGGCUGCAGUUCUUCAGGAAACCUUGAUCUCCCAGAGAGGACACCAUGAUCCUCCUAAAGAUCUCCUCCUUUUUGGCUUUCUUUGCCUUGGUUGUGUGCCAGAUGGACAGCCUCCAGGCUGCUCCAUUCAGGCCUGGUUUUGAAUCUGUCAUGCCAGACCAUGUGACUCUCAGCGAUGAUGAAGCUCGGCACCUGCUGAAUGCUUUGGUGAAGGAGUUUGUGCAGAUGAAAGCUGACGAUCUGGAUCAGGUGACUGAGGACAACAGCAUUACUGCUCAGAAGCGAGGCUGCAACACUGCCACCUGUGUGACCCACCGGCUGGCCGAUUUCCUAAGCAGGUCAGGAGGAGUGGCCAAGAGUGACUUCGUGCCAACCAACGUCGGGGCUAAAGCAUUCGGCAGACGACGGAGAGACAUCUAGGUAUCAGGCUGAACCCAGGAGGAUGAUCACCAAGAAACUGAAUCUCCAUGGCUAACUUAAUUUUUAAUGAAAGCAACUUUCUUCCAUGAAGCUUGAAGGCCACGUGGAUGCUCUGAGUUUUUUUUGCCUCCUCCUAGAAAUGGAUGAGGGUUUUUCUUUGUCCAAAACUGCUGUCAUGUAUAAUAUGAAAUGAGCUAAUUCUGGUUAAUUAUUGUACAUUCUUUUUUAUAUGCAAUUCUAUU